UUUUUGAAAACUAAAAUUAAAAAAAUCAUAAUGGAUACAGAUUGUGAAAUGGAUCGACAGUUUGCCAAGAGACUGCGCAGACAGCAGAUGUGUUCGCCCAAAUCCAUAGUUCUGCGUGAGUCUGCCAACACAACUCCCACAACACCCACGCAGACUAUCAUAACAGACUCGGAACAGAUGAAUUGCGAGGAAGACACAAUUAAAUAUACUGAGACUGUGGAAGUGACAGUGCGCAAGUCUCAUGUGCAGAGAUGGCUGUUCCCACCCACUGACGACACACCCCCCUGCAGCCAGGAAGAGAAACAGAAUGAACUAGACACAGAGAACAACCCUAUAGAAUAUCCAAUCACCCCCUCUCCUACCAUCUCGCCCUGUGUCACUCCACAGAAAGUGCACAUAUUGGAAGAAAGGCUACGGACACCAGUCAUUGUUCCUCCGCCAUUGUUUAAGAUGUCCAACAAGAACUCAGUGAAUGUGUCGGCCGACCGCUACAUUCCUGCCAGGUCACCUCACAAUUGGCAUACUCGCUUCUCAAUGAUACCUGACGGAAGGUCGAUGAAUUGUUCAUCCAAGAAGUCCCGAGACGCCACAGCUGGGGAGGGGGGCAGAGACAGUCUGGCGUACAACUGUCUGCUACGCAACGAACUUCUGGGAGCCAACAUUGGGGCGGUCAAGGGUCCUUGUGAUGAACGCCGUGCGGUAUCAUCACCUGAGCGGAACAAUUUCUUCCAUUAUUCUUCUCCAAUUGAAAAUGAGCAGAACAUAGAGUCAGUGGCGCCUUACUCUUUGUCACCCGUCGGACCUCCGAGUCAGAAGUUGCUGCGAUCUCCAAGAAAAGCAACGAGAAAGAUUUCCAGAAUUCCAUUCAAGGUUCUAGACGCACCGGAGCUACAAGACGACUUCUACCUGAACCUGGUAGACUGGUCAUCACAGAACGUGUUGAGUGUAGGGCUGGGCAGUUGUGUAUAUCUGUGGUCUGCUUGUACCAGCCAAGUCACUAGGCUGUGUGACCUGUCCAGUGACAACAACAGCGUCACCUCAGUUGCCUGGAGUGAAAGGGGUAACUACCUAGCCGUGGGGACACACAAUGGGUAUGUACAGGUGUGGGAUGUGUCUGUCUCUAAGCAGAUGAACGUGUUGAACGGCCACAGUGCCCGUGUUGGAGCUCUGGCUUGGAAUGGAGACAUGUUGAGCAGUGGCAGCCGUGACCGUAUGAUACUGCAGAGGGACGUGCGUGUGCCUGCACAAACUAGCGGUGAUCGAAGACUUGUUGGACAUCGUCAAGAGAUCUGUGGAUUAAAGUGGUCCCCUGACAACCAAUACCUAGCUUCGGGUGGUAACGACAACCGCUUGUAUGUGUGGAACAUGCAUUCUCUCACUCCCAUGCAGACGUAUACAGAGCAUCUAGCCGCUGUCAAAGCCAUUGCCUGGUCGCCACAUCAUCACGGACUGCUGGCCAGUGGAGGAGGUACAGCUGACAGAUGUAUCAGGUUCUGGAACACCCUGACAGGCCAGCCCAUGCAGUGUAUAGACACAGGCUCCCAAGUGUGCAACCUGGCCUGGUCGAAGCACUCUUCUGAACUGGUGAGCACUCACGGCUAUUCACAGAACCAGAUCCUGGUGUGGAAGUAUCCUGCAUUGACUCAAGUAGCCAAGCUGACUGGACACUCGUACCGUGUGCUCUACUUGGCAGUCAGUCCUGAUGGAGAGGCCAUCGUAACAGGUGCAGGCGACGAGACUCUACGCUUCUGGAACGUAUUCUCCAAAGUCAGAUCUCAGAAGGAAAGCAAAUCAAUGCUUAACCUCUUCACAAAUAUCCGAUAAAUCACCUAGUGAGAAACCAAAUAUUACUCUAUGCAGCCUAGCUGUUUACGGAUCAAUGGACCAGCGACUGAAUCACCUAGGGAUCUUGGACUUCUCUAAGAAUGUGAUAAGAACUCACCAUUAAUCAUUGUGUGAUUGGUACUAAUUCAAAAUUAUGUGUCAGAUAACUAUAAUCAAUUGAACAAGGUUGAUUAAUCAAUAACUUUAAUGUUAUGUGUACAUAGUUGUAUGUAGAACUUUAUAUCAAUACAAGACUUUAAAGCUUUGGUUUAUGUAUCUAGUAUUUAAAGGGAUGGACAGGCACUGAAAUUUUGGGCAAAAUAUAUCUAAAUCUUCGCGCAGGCUUUCUUUUGAUUAGAGAUUUUCUCGGGACGGGAUUUGUUCCAACUGUUAGUGAUUUUGCUGUAAUGGCAGGAAAUGAUCUGUCAUAGCUGCUAUGGCGGGUGACAACUGACAAUGAUGAUGUCUCCGCAAUUGCGGGGGAUGGAUCUUGACUUUGACACUAUGCUGGGUGACCAUGAUAAUGUACCUGUGGUUGCGGAAGAUAAUAAUGAUAGCGCCGUGAUCAUAGAACAGUGUAAAUUAAAAUAAAAAUUGAUUUGGUUUGCCAGUACUGUAAUUUGCCAUAACUUUUAUUCUAGAUUUAUAAAUCCAACUUAAGUUUCCCUAGCCGCACAGUAAGAAAAAUCCCGUCCCUAGAUUAGAAAGGGAAUCAAAAUUCCCCUGAACUAAAAUUACGACCCCCGUCCAUCCCUAUUAAUGAGGUAGGUAAUUUUCUUUUUCUUCACUGGCAUGAAUUAAUGAUGAAAAACAAGGUUGGUAGGUUUAUUCCUAUAUGACAAAACUAGGAAUAAGUUGUUGAAAUGAAAAAAUUUCCUACAGACAUGAAUAAUAAGUUGGUACGUGUAAGGUUUGGUUUGAGUAUAGUUAAAACUUAGCCUUUGAUACUAGUCUUUACCACAACAUCCUCUUACAGUAGCCUACCUCAUAUCUGACACCUUACAUUACCGGACAUCGCUUUAACUAUGUCUAUGUCAAAACUUUGACAUCCUUUUAUCUGGCCACUUCAAAUAACACAUUGCUUUUAACCUUUUGUAAUUGAACCGGAAGCUUUUGUGACAGUUGAAAAUAUUUUUGUGUGAUAGUGGUACCAUCACAUUUGUAUACCCAAACUAAACUGUGCAACUCCCUCACACCAGUUCCCAUGGAUAUGCUUUUGGUUUUCACUUUUGGUUAUUUGAAAACUAUUUAAUUGAUGAACGAGUUUUAAAGCACAUUGAUUCAUCUGGCCAAUUUGUUAUUUGUUCAAGUCCCCAAUAAGAUGUAGGCUACUGUAUGAUACUCUCUCAAUGUGACACCUAAUUUAUUCAUAGAAGAUAAUGAGGCGAUGUGAAUAUAAAAGUAAUGUUUGAGAAAAGGUUAUAACAACCUUAAUUUUAGUUUUGUCACCAUGGAAUUACAGUACUUUAUUUGUGUAAAUAUAAUGUAGUUUUGGUUACAUCGGGCAAGGACUUUCUAGAUAAUAGACUUGUGAUUUGUCUUUAUGGCUGUCUUCUAUUGUACAAAGUGUAAACUAGAUAAAGAUAAUUGAGCAACAGUAAGUUAAAAUCAUUGACCGUGGUUACAAUUAUUAGUAAAUUAAAUAAACUAAUGAAACAAACAAAAGUAUGGGGUACCAAAUAUUUUGUCUUACAAAUAAGGAUUAGUUAGGAAAAAAUUAAUGAGUCAUUAAUUACUUUGUCUUCUUUCAUCAUUAGUUAGUGUUAGUUCAGUAGUACUCUGUUUGUACUUCCAACUUUGGUUUAUGGUUUAAACCAUUUUCACAGUUAUUUUUUUACAUUUGUUUCUGCCUUUAUUCUGUUUUAUACUAUACAACCCUUUACUUAUGUAGAUAGACACUAUAUCGAUUCUUAUUUGAAUCUUUCAGUAUAUAUAAAAACUAUAUUCGUUGUUUUCUCUCAAUAAGUUUUAUAUUUUGUUGUUUGUGUUCUUUGGGUUGUAGGAUAUUUUAUCUCAAGACUUCUUUUAGCACUUUUAGUAUAUACCUACAAGUGAAUCUAUUUUAUGCUUUCGUCACUGAAAUAUUAAAUGUUACAGAAAUACCAAAAACAUCUCGAGCCUCGUAGUUAUUCAAGUAAAUGGGUUUUUGUGGUGCAAAAUAUGUAUUAAUUAUGUAGAAUCUUUCUACUUUAGACAUUUAAUACACUUAAGUUAAAAACUGUCUAUUGCCACCAUAAUGUUAGUUUAUUUAUUAAAUACACUUUUCUUUAAGUCACUAAUAGUUUCAAAACAUUUUUUUAUACUUGUUGUAAAUUCUACUAUCCAAUUGAACUUAGGUUGGUUUAGUAAAAUGAAAUAGUGUGAUUGACAUUAUUUAAUAAAGUCGAAUAAAGCAGG